UAUUAAUAAUGGCUAUUAAAGGAUUCUUUGGACUGAUUGCCAGACUUCUCUGACUGGCUCAUAACUUAUCUCAGAUCUUCUUCUGGGGAUAUGAACUGUUCCUCAUCUUCAACAUUUGGGCUGAUAAAGGCGAAGUAAUUACAAACGUGAUGGAAUACCCAGAAGUUUUUGAAAAUCUCAAGAGAAUCCAACUCUUGCAGUUCUUUGAUGUCCUGUUCGGAAUCUUAGGAGUGACAAAGACAAACCCGGCCAUUAGCUUAUUACAAAUUGCAGCAAGAAAUUUUGUAGUCUUGACAGUGUUCGAGUUUAAUCUAAAGGCGAACUAUGCUUUUAUCGCGAUUAUCCCAUGGUGAAUUGCUGAGUUGGUUAGAUAUCCAUAUUACACUUUUGCUGACCUCGGCAUCACCGGAUUCCCAGGAAACUUGUUUAAAUUCCUUAGAAUGAACAUGUUCUUGAUCUUGUACCCAAUUGGAGUUAUAGGAGAGUGUUUAACCACUUGGGAAUCAUGGGAUAUCCUUGUCGAGGAGCGCCCAUACAGACUUGAGAUGCCAAAUAUUUACAACUUUGCAUUCGAUCCUAUCUAUUUCCAUGGAGCUUUCUUUGUAAUAUGCCCAUUAGGGAUGCUAUUCAUCUAUUCAACAUUGCUCGCAGCAAGAAGUAAAUACAUGUCUGGAAGCACAAAGAAGAAAGUUAAAUCAGAUUAGUUUUGAGUUCAAUUUCAAAUAUGA